UGCUGAAUGUGACCUGAAAAUGUGAUUCAUGAUUUAUUUCCCACUCUUAUUCCAAUCCAACCACUCUCUCUUUCUCUGCAAGUUUCCCCCAAAUCCUUACUCCUAGGGUUCCGGCUCCAAACCUUCGAUUCCUCCGAUAAGGUUCUGUGAGCAAAGGUGGUUUGGUAGCUUCGUUCGACUCAGCUGAGAGAAAACAGAAUUCACAAUGAGACCCGUGUUUUGCGGAAACCUGGACUUCGACGCGCGUCAAUCUGAUGUUGAGAGGCUCUUCAAAAGAUACGGGAAGGUUGAAAGAGUGGACAUGAAAUCUGGGUUUGCUUUUAUCUACAUGGAAGAUGAAAGGGAUGCUGAGUAUGCAAUCAGAAGACUUGAUAGAACCGAAUUUGGAAGAAAGGGGCGCCGUAUACGUGUUGAGUGGACAAAGCAAGAACGGGACAGCAGAAGGUCAGGUGAUUCAAGAAAAUCCUCAAGUAAUUCAAGACCAUCGAAGACUUUGUUUAUCAUAAAUUUUGAUCCAGUUCACACCAGGACAAGGGAUCUGGAGAGACACUUUGAUCCCUAUGGGAAAAUAUCAAAUAUAAGGAUCAGGAGGAAUUUUGCUUUUAUACAAUAUGAAACUCAGGAGGAUGCUACAAGAGCUUUGGAAGCAACAAACUUGAGCAAAUUUAUGGAUCGUGUUAUCACAGUGGAGUAUGCUAUUAAAGAUGAUGACGACAGGAGGAAUGGAUACAGUCCUGAUAGAAGAGCAAUGACUCCCCUGAUGGGAGAUAUGGCCGGGGCAGAUCCCCGAGUCCAUAUCGCAGAGGUAGGGGUAGCCCAGAUUAUGGUCAUGGAUCGAAUCCAGCUUCCAGACCAGAACCAAGAGGAAGCCCAAAGUAUGAACGAGGUGAAAGCCCAGUCAAUGGCAGAUAUGACAGCCGGUCUCCUCCUCCACGAGAAAGGUCUCCUCCUCCACGUGAAAGGUCGUCUCCCCCACGUGAAAGGUCGCGAUCCUGAGGAGUAAAACAAUUAGAUCCGUCUGUGAAAUUGUUACUCAUUUUCAUUUUGUUCUAGCAGUCUGUAGUUUGGCAGCAGAAAACAUUAAGUUUGGUUGUAUCUACUGUUGUGUGUUGGCUUGAACCUAAUGCAGCAACAUGCAAAGACAUUGAAACAGAUUAUCUUAUGUUGGUGGAUCUAGUUUGAUUUAUGUUUUCUAAAAAGGACAUUGUUUGACCUCUGGUUCAUUAUGGAUUGAGCAUUAUUUAGUUACUUGUA